AGCGGGGUCGCGCCGGCCGGGCCGCCCCCUCCCCCGGCGGGGCGCGCGUGCGCCGUCCCCCAGGAACCGCUGCAGCCGCGAUGGACCAGGGCGAGCUGUCCGUCCGCCAGGCUUUAAGUAAAGGAGAUCCAAGCCUUGCCACCGAGCGACAGGAAGAGUUAGAGGAAACUCCUGGUCCAGUUGUGGAUGAGAAUAUGGUGACAACUAAAAAACAGGGGCCAAAUUUCCAUAAUUGGAGUAGUGACUGGAACUUUUGGAUUUCAAGUUCCACCUAUAAAGACAGAAAUGAGGAAUACAAAAGACAGUUCACACAUCUGCCUGAUACAGAGAAAUUGAUAGCAGAUUACGCGUGUGCUCUUCAGAGAGACAUUUUACUUCAGGGACGACUAUACCUUUCAGAAAACUGGCUGUGUUUCUAUAGCAACAUCUUCAGAUGGGAAACCACGAUUUCCAUUGCUUUAAAGAAUAUAACCUUCAUGACCAAGGAGAAAACGGCUCGACUCAUCCCAAAUGCUAUUCAGGUGGUUACAGAAAGUGAAAAGUUUUUCUUUACAUCUUUUGGUGCCAGGGACAGAAGUUACCUGAGUAUCUUUAGGUUGUGGCAGAAUGUAUUAUUAGACAAGAGCUUGAGCAGGCAGGAGUUCUGGCAGCUGCUGCAGCAGAACUAUGGCACUGAGCUAGGCUUAAAUGCUGAAGAGAUGGAAAACUUGUCCUUGUCAAUUGAAGAAAAUGUACAGCCAAGAAGUCCAGGAAGAAGUAGUUUGGAAGACUUUGGAGAAAGAGAAGAAAAAUUAUCUAAAUCAACCAAUUCUACCCGUGAAUCAAUUCGAGUUUCAGAAACAGAAUCAAAUGAUGGAAAUUCACCAAAAGGGGGGUUGGAGAAAGAAGAAGCACAAAAUGAGAAGCAGAUGAAGAAGAGUCCUUUGCUAACUCCAGGACUGAGGCUAAGUAGAGUCCCAUCAAAAUCACUGGACUUAAACAAAAACGAGUAUCUUUCUCUGGACAAAAGCAGCUCCUCAGAUUCUUUUGACGAAGAAAAUAUUCCUGAGAAAGAUCUUCAUGGAAGACUUUAUAUCAAUCGUGUUUUUCAUAUCAGUGCUGAGAGAAUGUUUGAAUUACUCUUCACCAGUUCAGACUUUAUGCAGAGGUUUGCCAAUUCUAGAAAUAUUAUAGAUGUAGUAUCUACUCCAUGGAAUGUCGAGCCAGGAGGUGAUCAGCUGAGAACCAUGACCUACACGAUAGUCCUUAACAAUCCCAUCACUGGAAAGUGCACCACUGCCACUGAGAAGCAGACACUGUAUAAAAAGAGCCGGGAAUCACAGUUCUAUUUGAUAGAUUCAGAAGUGCUGACUCAUGAUGUCCCCUACCACGACUACUUCUACACCCUGAACAGAUACUAUAUCGUCCGCUCUUCCAAGCAGAAAUGCCGGCUACGAGUUUCCACAGAUUUGAAAUACAGAAAACAGCCGUGGGCCCUUGUCAAAUCUUUAAUUGAGAAGAAUUCUUGGAGUUCAUUGGAGGACUAUUUCAAAAAGCUUGAAUCAGAUUUGUUAAUGGAAGAAUCGAUGUUAAAUCAGCCCAUAGAAGACCCCGGAAAACUUCCUGUCCUUCGAAGGAGAAGGCGAACGUGCAACCGAACAAUGGAAACAAUUCCUAAACUUUCUUCUCGGCAUUCUUCUGGGGAUGGAGGCCCAGAUAAUAAAGGGGAUAUUACAGGCACAAAAACAGAAAUGGGAAGCUAUGGCACGGCGCUGAUCGUGGUGAUGAGUGUUUUUCUGCUGCUGUUAGUCCUGUUGAAUGUGACCCUGUUUCUGAAGCUGUCAAAAAUAGAAUAUGCUGCUCAGUCCUUUUAUCGGCUCCAAGUUCAGGAAGAGAAAUCUUCCAAUUUAGCCUCUGAUACGGCAUUGAGGACAGAAAGCUUUCAGAAGAACAAAGACCAGGCACAGCAGCGUUUAAAAGGAGUUCUCCAAGACUCAAUUGUGAUGCUUGAACAGCUAAGGAGUUCACUCGUCAUGCUUCAGAAAACCUUUGACUUACUAAAUAAGAAUAAGACUGGUGUGGCUGACGAAAGCUAGCCAUCGUUAAAGACUGAAAUCGUAGCGGUAUUGGGAACUAAAAAGGAAACAUCCAGAAGAAACCAGAGGAUGAAGGAUUUUAAUUGUCAAAGGAAUAUUUCCACAUUUUCUCAUUGGUACUUUGAAUGUUAACAUUCUUAUCCCUUUAAAUUACAUUCGAUAGUUUCCAAAGGCCUUAAGAAUCCACCCUUUCACUUUUACAUAAUUUUAAGCUGUGAAUUUCUUCAGUGAACCAUGAAAUGUAUUGUGGAUUUGAAUUUCUGUAUUACAGAAAAAAAUAAUGAGACACUGAACUGAGUGGCAUGGCGUCAUUUUUGCAGAGGUUUGACGUUGAUGCUUUAGCUGUUAUUGCAGAAUCACUGUGUCCCCGGCAGAUUGCUCUCACAGAUGAGAUAUGGCCAAGAGAGUGCAGACAAUUUAAGGAGAAAUUGCUAAAUCAUUAUGAAUUUUGAAGUAUCAGUUUUUAGACAUGAACAUUUUUAGAUUUGUGUACUGUAACUAUCAGAGUGUCUUCAUUUAGCAAAUAAAGGUAAAUUCAGUAGUCAGGUUUUUUGUACAUGCAUGGUGGGUGAUUAUCUGAAAGUUUCUUUAGCUGUGUUAGAUCUUUUUUUCUUGGGUAUGCAGGUGGGCCAGGCCUGUAUGAUUCCCAGCCGUGCCCAUCGGAUGCAUGCAAGCAAGUACUGUCCUAUUUCUCCAGCCUUAUAGCAUGGAUUUUUGGUAUUGUUUUGUUUGGGGGUCACACCUAAGCCGUGUUCACAGCUUACUCUUGAACUCAGGGAUCACUCCUGUCAGGGCUCAGGGGACUCUGUAUGCCAGUGAUAGAACCAGGGUCAGCCAAAUGCCAGCAAACACCCUACCCACUGUACUGUUGUUCCAACCCCACAUCUAUGUCUUUGUGAAACAGUUCUUCCUUUGCCUGAUAACUCUCAGAGGUGAGAUAACCUGCUCAUAUCACAGAAAAUCCGUUUACAUAAAGAAAUCAUGUAGAAUUCUAAGAUUCAAAAUGUAGAACCAAGAACCGUUUUAAAAAUAGUGGCAGAUCUGGGGCCGGAGCGAUAGCACAGCGGGUAGGGCGUUUGCCUUGCACUCGGCCGACCCGGGUUCGAUCCCCGGCAUCCCAUAUGGUCCCCCAAGCACCGCCAGGAAUAAUUCCUGAGUGCAGAGCCAGGAGUAACCCCUGAGCAUCGCUGGGUGUGACCCAAAAAGCAAAAAAAAAAAAAAAAAUAGUGGCAGAUCAGACGAAUACUUGAACUAAAGCUUCAUUUCAGGUUAGCCACCUUUUUAUGAGACAUCUAGUUGAAAAUAUAUAGUGGAUUAGUUUCCCAUAGUCACGUGUGGCAUUUUAAAAAAUGUGGAUCUUGUUUUAGUUACUUAGUGAUAAGCUAGGCACAAAAUCCUCUUAAUAAAAACUUUUUCCUCUUAACAAAAACAUGUUCCUACACAAGUGCACUCACUGAAGUCUUAAGUCAGAUUCAAGCUUUAGCUGAUUCAUAAAAUGUUUAGGGCAUGUUUUAAGUGAUGUCCCUGGAACAAGACAGUGGCAGAGUAAUUUGCAUAUAUUCUUUAAACAACUGUUGUCUUGAGUUAAAUGCUUCUUUUGUCCCAGACACCAAAGCCACCUGGGGUUGCUAAAGUCAUUUUUGAGAUGCCUUGGGGAAUGAAUGGAAGUAUUGACUCAAGUGAUGGAAGUGGUUUUCUCUGGGUAAAUCUCCACAAACUUCCCUUGAGAGACAAAUGUACCUGCUGGGGCUUUGGAAGAAGAUUUAGGAUGGUUGUGAGCGGAGUGACUGGAUUAUAAAUUUGAAACUUUGUAAUCUGUAAAGGCUCAAGAAUGAGGAGUAACAGUUGACUCUGUGUGUGUGUGUGUGUGUGUGUGUGUGUGUGUGUAAGAAAUUUUGUAAUCUGUAAAGGCUCAAGAAUGAGGAGUAACAGUUGACUCUGUUGACGUGUGUGUGUGUGUGUGUGUGUGUGUGGUUUCCUUAAAUGCUGUGCUUCUCAGCAUGCCUCAAAUAACCAACACUGGUUUAUAAAUGAAGCCUGAAAAUAUACGUAGGUGAAUCCAGUAAAUAAAGGCUGAAAAUAUA